AUGGCCGGUCUGCGCCCGGUGGUCGAACUUAUGACCAUCAACUUCAGCCUGCUGGCAAUGGACCAGAUAGUGAACCACGCCGCCAAGAUUCGUUACAUGUCGGGCGGGCAAUUCACCAUACCGUUGAUCGUUCGCACCGUUACCGGCGGGGGAGCAUCUGUCGGCGCCACGCAUUCGCAAUCGUUUGAAGGUUGGUUCGCCUCCGUUCCCGGGCUCACUGUGGUCACGCCGGCCACACCGCGCGAUGUGAUUGGCCUGUUCCGUACCUGCCGGGAUCUCAACGACCCGGUGAUGUUCGUGGAGCACAUUCUCCUUUACAGUACUCGCGGAGAGGCUCCCGAUGACGCCGGUUUUCGCAUACCCAUAGGCCAGGCCGAAGUGCGUCGCGUGGGAAAACACAUCACCCUCUGUGGGUAUUCCCGGAUGGCGUUGGUGGCAGAACAGGCGGCAGACAUCCUGGCUCAGGAAGGCAUUGAGGCCGACGAGGACAAUGUGGCUACAAACGUCGUGAUGCCGCAGAUGGGCUACGAUAUGAGAGAAGGUACCGUGGUUCGCUGGUACAAACAGGAAGGCGAAACGAUAAACCGUGGCGAGGUUAUCGCCGACAUCGAAACUGACAAGGCAACGGUGGAAUUUGAGGCCUACACCGGCGGCGUCUUGGGAAGAAUCGUGGCGGCUGAGGGUGUGGCGGUGCCGGUGGGCAACCUCAUUGCCAUCAUCACCGAGCCGGGCGAAGCUGUGCCUGAACCCGCGGUUGCACCGCCAGCGGCUGCUGAACCUGCUCCCGCUCCAAUCCCUGAACCCGCCGCAGCGGUGGCUCCUCCCGCCGCCGCUCCGCUAGCCGACGGCCAGGUUCGCGCGUCUCCCAUCGCCAGGCGUCUGGCCCGUGAGCGCGGCAUCGACCUCUCCCUGCUGACCGGAACCGGACCCAAUGGUCGCGUGGUGGAACAGGACGUCCUUGACUACCAACCCGCCGCAGAAACCGCGCCAGCGCCGGCUGCUGCAUCCGCAGUCGCCGCUCCGGCAGAUUCGCGCAUCGAGCUCAGCCGAAUGCGGCAGACCAUUGCUCGCGUUACCGCCGAUAGCAAGUCUACUGCGCCACACUUCUACGUAACCGCCGAAAUCGACAUGGGCAAGGCGAUGGCCCUGCGCCGCGACGUCAACGAUGCCGCCGCGCCCGAAAACCGGGUGUCUGUCAACGACUUGAUGGUCAAGGCGUGUGCGUUGGCGCUGGCCGCACACCCCAAGUUCAAUUCCUUCUUCCGUGGUGACCACCUGGAAGUUCAUGGAUCGAUGAACAUCGGAAUCGCCAUCGCCCUGGAAACCGGUUUGAUCCUGCCCGGUGUCAGCAAUUGUGAGAGCAAGACCCUUUUGCAAAUCGCUGCCGGCACCAAAGACCUCAUCGACCGCGCGAACAACGGGUCGUUGCGCAACGAUGAGUACAGCUCCACCACGUUCAGCAUCAGCAACAUGGGGAUGUUCGACGUGGAGAGUUUCACCGCAAUCAUUUAUCCGCCCCAUGCCGCGAUUCUUGCCGUGGGCAGCGUCAAGGAGCAGCCCGUGGUUCACGACGGCCAACUGGCGGUCGGGCAAAUGAUGAAGGCUACGUUGUCCACCGAUCAUCGCGUGGCUGACGGUGCGGAAGCCGCCCAGUUCCUGAUGGAAAUCAAGCGCGUGCUCGAAACCCGGUUGCGCUGCUGCUCUAACCGACGGCUGCCAAAUCGGAAGCGUCCCCAACCGGCGAUCGCGGGUAUCGCGUGCGCUCGAUAA